ACGGCUUGUGUUAAAGCACUGUUUUUUCCUUUCUUUGCUCGUCGGAUCCCCUAAAGCCUCUCGGCCUAUCCUGCUUUGUCUCAGCCAACUGAACGGGCCGAAGCAAAACGUCCUUGGGGCCCCAAGGGGGGAAAGGAAAGCCCCUGUUCCGGGAACGGAUGAGCAGGGACUGCGCUAAGCAAACGCUCUGCACAUUGCUCUCCUCUGUCUUCUGCAUGUGCACUCCUAAUUUUACCAGUUCCUAAAUACAAGACUUUUUAGAGAUUCCAAUAUGGAUUACAUACAGAGCAAAAUGAGUGAGGUUACACUCUAAAAUAUGUCUAUAUACAUUCCUAUGUAGUCUGUAUUAAAAUCUCUAAAAAGGCGUACAUUUAUAAAACGGAGGGAGCGUAUUUUUUAUAUAUAAAUUUUUAAGUGGACAUGCUGUUUAGUUUUUGAGAUGGUUACUUUGAUGGAGAGAAGCUUCCGGCAAGUGCCCGUACGUCUCUGUUAGGCACGUCUCACCACCUAACGUAUAAGAUGACUUGACCAUGUUUAUUCGCGAAUCAGGGUGGGCGUCAGCUUGAGAGCAUUGCUGACUCGACGGUAUUGACCUUUGCCCUGGCACGUAGAACCGAGCAUACUGCGAAAAGAAGACAACAUUUUGACAUUGAUUGGAAGAGCUCGUGCUCGUUUGAAACCACCCAGAAUGUUCCCGACUUGUAAAAUACUUACAAGGAUGUCACAUUUGACACUGCAAUUUUUUAUUUAAAAUUGUGAUUAUUAGUGUCUCGGACAGACUUCAUUUUAUUUUAUUAUCAUUACUAAUUCUUCCAUCCCAAAAUGUAAGUAAAAUUUUAUUAUUUUGUCAAAAAGCCAAUCUAUAUAGAAUGCCAGCAGUACAAAGUUACCCAUCAACAAAAGCCUUUAGUCCAAACAAGUUGGGGUAGGCUAGAGGUGAAAUCUAUAAGAUCUCGCCACCAGCUAGUGCAAAGAAACCUAUAAAAUAAAAAAAUUACACUGAAGUCCAUGUGGGCUGAUCUUCCUCUCAAACGGAUUGAUGUCACAUUGCCAGACACCGCUCCAACGCCAGAGCCAACCUAACAUUGUUGAUCAUGAGCGGGAAGUCAUCAAGGCCAUGAUCCUAUCGGAUCAUUGUCUCGAUGAAGAAGUUGUCACAACAGAAAGAGCCAUAUGUCCAAGAGCCCGACCUCUCAAUAAUCAAUAAAUCUCGCAAGCCUCAUGCCGGCAUAGGUGGACGCAUCAACUUAGUGUCGAUGCGGCUGAAGGACCCCAAUGUAGGAAGCCGCCACGCCGACAAAUCCUGCAAACCCUAGUCUCAUUAUCCAGAAUCUACGCCCAAUAAUCAUCCACAAACAACACCAUCAAGAUGGGAAGGCUCUAGGAAAUAAAAUAAGUCUAAUUUAUUGUCAAACUGACUAUAAGUUUGGUCAGGCUUUUAAAAAAUCCACCUAAAGGCAGAGGCUUAGUGCUUGUAGUCGUCUACGAAUCUGGAUGUAAUUUUUAUUGCUGGUGUUCGUUGCACUGCCAUGAUUGAUGAUGAACAGACUGCAAGUUUUCCCCGCAAAAAAGAGACAAAAAAGAAAAUUGCAUUCACAAUCCUCCUUCGUGAAGUUCUCACGUUUUUUCGAGUAACACACAUCAAAAGAGAGAGUAUGCACUACGCCGCGCGUGGCGUUGGAUGACGUUUGAUAGUGGCUGCAUGCAUGGGUGCAAGAUCGAUCGUGCUAGCGAUAAGCCGUGUCACCAGCCUGUCGACCAGAAAGAGAUCGAAAAGCCUUGGGGGGGACGACGGAGUACGUGCGGGGCACACCGCACCGGAUCUCCCGCUGGAACACCACCACCCCUUUACGUUUUAACAAACCCAGAUCCGAGUCAGCAAAGCUCCCCUAGCCAUAGCUAAGCUAACUUCCGACCGAGCUCGAGCCACUCACUGUGCCGCCCCGCCGUGAGCCUUAGCCCUUAAGCUUCUCUCUCCACCCUCCCCGGCAUGGCUAUAUAACACCACCCGCCGCGCGCCGCCAUUUCCCAAUCCAUCCAUCGAAUCCACGUGCUCCAUCGCGUCGUCAGUUAAGGAAGCUUCUGUGGGCCAGCUUUGUGGUUGCAUACUUGCAUAUAUGGACUGUGCGGCGGCGGCGGCGGCGGCGAUCUACCGGCUGCCGGAGGAGUGCGUGGCGCACGCGAUCGCGAUGACGACGCCGGGGGACGCGCUCAGCUCCUCGGCCGUGUCCCCGGCGUUCCGGGCCGCGGCCGACUCCCACGCCGUCUGGGAUCGCUUCCUGCCGCCCGACCAUGCCGCCGUGCUCGCCCGCGCCGACGAUGCUGGUGACCACCUUGGGCGCUCCAAGAAGGAGCUCUUCACGCGGCUCUGCAGCCGCCCGGUCCUCCUCGACGGCGCCACCAUGAGCUUCGGGCUGGACAGGCGGAGCGGCGCCAAAUGCUGGAUGCUGUCGGCUAGGGCGCUGAGCAUCGUGUGGGUCGACGACCCGUCCUGCUGGAUAUGGACUGCCGACCUUCCCGGAUCACGGUUUCCGGAGGUGGCCGAGCUUGUGGACGUGUGCUGGCUGGAGAUCACCGGGAAGCUGCAGCUCUCCCUGCUCUCCCCAAGGACCACGUACGCCGCCUACCUCGUCUAUGCCAUCGCCGAUGACUCCUACGGCCUCGAGUGCAACAUCGGAAUCCUGCCGCCCAAGGCCACUGUCACCGUCGUCAUCUCCGGCAACGGUACCAAGCCGACAUCGACCGCCGCGUCCACGUCGACAGAGAACACUAUCUGCCUGCAGCACAUGCAGGGGGAGGAGGAGACGGCGAUGCACCGGCGGAGGCAAGAGUACGUGCGGCCACGGAAGAACUACGGGUGGAAGCUGGUCAGGGAGGCCGACAUGGACAUCAGGUGCCCGCGGCGGAGAGGGGACGACGGGUGGACGGAGGUCGAGCUGGGCGAGUUCGCCGUGGCCGGCGAGGAGGACGGGGUGGUGGAGGUGAGCCUCAAGGAGGUGGAGUGCCGGCGGUGGAAGAGAGGGCUCAUCGUGCAGGGCAUCGAGAUAAGGCCCAAGCACACAAACUCUAAUUGACUCGACUGGUUUGCUUCGUGAAAAAAAUUGCGUGCGGAUUCUAGAGCAAAGGAUAUAUUAGUGCAGGAACUAAUGCUGAAAAUGAUCAACGGAUCAUAAGUCCGUCGUUUACUACGUGGUUGCAUGCAUGCGCAGAGCACCAAUGUAUGCAUGCAUGCAAAAAGCAUAUGUGUGUGCCGGAUUAAGGCACAUGCAUGUGGACAUGUAUUGGUGCAUGGGGCCGGGGUAGUAGAGUUGUUGCCGUAGCCUGUAAAAUUUAAGCAAUUCAUCCUUUUGUUGACCGUUGAACAAAUUAUUUAGAAAUGGUUCAUCUAUUGA